AUGAAAGAUGAAAAAUUAGAUAAACAAACAACACGACAACAAGAAGCGAGAGCAAAACUUCGAGAAUCAUUUUUGAAAGCAGUUAAUGUAUUAAAUGGUGAAACAUGUACUGUCUUGACAUUUGAACAAUCAACUCUAGCUGGGACAUUCUCUGGCUGGAAACCAGAUGGUACAGAUAUAUUAAUUCAUGAUCUUAAGACUCCAGCAAAUAUUAAAAUGGCAUCAGCUCUACUUAGGAAUUCUGACAUACUUGCAAUAAAAUUUGAUAACUUGGUGCAGUUGCCACUUUAA